AUGGCGUCAGUGGCUACCAUUCAGAAACUUCUCGCUGUUUUUAUCGUCAUACAGAAUGUUUAUGCAACUAAAGACUAUGAUUUAAACUUAGGAUUAAACGGGGAUGGCGGUGAUGACUUACUGGCGUCUUUUGGUUCGAUGAUUGAUUCUUUGUCAGGAUCAUUAGGAGACAACAAGGACUGCACAUUCAGAUGUCCUAAGGCCAAUCAAGUCAGUAAGCCGAGAGAAGGCCAUAAUCCUACGAGUAACGGUUGUGGGUCAUAUGGAAUGGUGCUGAACACAGAAAAGCUGCCUAAAAUGACCAAGUGUUGCGACCGUCAUGACAUUUGCUAUGGCACUUGUAACACAAACAAAGACAGUUGUGAUCGCAUUUUCAAACAAUGUUUAGAGGAUAUGUGCACAGAUUUAUCAGGGAGUUUAUCCCAGGAUGAAUAUGAAGGAUGUGAAGCAACAGCAGAGCUAAUGUACCAGGGAACAGUUGCUUUAGGAUGUGGUAGUUUUAUACAGAGCCAGAAAGAUGCCUGUGAAUGUGUGACAAGUUCCAGCAAAAAGACUCCUUCUAAACAGUCUGAAAAUGCAAAAAGUUCUAAAAGAGGAGAUCUGUAGCCUCUAAAAUGUGAAAUAAGUUUUCAACAUAUUUGUGAAUCAUGAUGAUUAACCCU